AAACAGCAUGAAAAACUUAAAUUUUAAUGAAAUAAAUGGCACUACAAUAAUUAAUUUAAUUUAAUUAGAAGUAUAGCUCUGUAAAAAAACUGGUGAACGGCUUUGUCUUGUGCCAGCCGCUCGUUUAUGUGUUCCAUCCUUGUCUAGGGGAGUGCUAACUUGCUCUCCUUCCAAACAACACGCUAAUAUUCGACGGGCAAUGCGUUUAUAUACGGCCAUACCGGAGAAAAAAGACUUGGGAAUUAUAAGCGCAAGUGCAUACAUUUUCUGCUGGAAGAACUCUAGUUCAAAUUUUUGUCUGGGGCUGCUAAUUGAAUACAUUUAGUAUGGAAAAUGUUCUUGGCUCACAAUCAAACAAAUCUUUUUUAAAGGAUUCCAGUUGUUAAUUGAAAGUUUUUUUGAUGGUUUUUGCUCGAAUAAUUAUAGCUUGUAUAUUUUAUGUGCAACUUAACAUUGACACUGAAAUUAAUUGCCUUGAUUGACUUCCCGUUUAGGGGACCUGCAACGUGACAUGACCGACAGACCUACCUCAUACAAGGGCCAUCAAUGAUUAACCAUUAACCAUAUGACCAGGUCUUAGUAUCCAAAAAUUAACCAAUCGAACCACGUAGCCCUAGUCCCAGCAUAUAAAUAGGCAAGUUUCCAGCACAAAAUUAUCAAAUCAUCGAAUAGUUGUUCAACAGUUUGGUUGUCUUCCAAAUCGAAAUCAUUACUAGAAGUACCAUGUGCAGUUACGCCAAGAAUGUAUGUUCCUUGCUGGUCCUGAUGCUGGCUCUUGGGAUGAUUGGAGCUCAGCCAGCUAGAUCAACCAAGCGGAUACAAAAACAGCAGGCGGCACCCUACCCAUCCGCCGACGAGCUCAAACCAGAGAUACCCUUCGAGGAGGGAGUGCCCGACCAGACCUAUGGAUCCCCGGAUCUAACUUAUGGCCCCCCACCAACCGACCAAGUGGAGCAGCUGCCCAGCGCUGAUGAGCCGCAGGACUUUACACCCGAUCCGGAUGCAGAAGAGGUGCAACCUAUCGACCAGGCACCGGCACGUCUCAGUAAGCAGCUCAGACGUCAGCCCCAGCUUCAGCGAUUGGUUUUACUCUCCGGGAGGCCCUUGAGACUGGUUAACCCACAAACAGUGGCUGUUCGCGUUCCUGUACUGUGGUAGAGAUAUGAAAGAACAGUCGUGAUA